AUGCCCACUCUUACCAACUGGAAUGAUGAAAUCCAGUUUGUCGUACCCGAUGACCAAUUCAAGACGCCAAAGCAGAUUUCGGACGUCCAGGUUAUCGUUAAAAAUGCCUUCCAACAUGAUCAGCAAGUAACCGUCAUUGGGGCGAUGCAUUCGACGACCGCGUGUAUGGUGGGCACCGGCAUCAUCAUCUCGAUGAAGAACAUGGCUCGUAUCCUCUCCAUUGAUAAGAAAGGGUUAACCGCCACGGUGGAGGGAGGCGUGAGCCUGCGCCAGCUGUGCUCCCAUCUGAAAGAACUUGGCCUACAGCCUCCCGUCGUACUGGAGUGGGGCAAUUUCUAUAUUGGCGCCAUGAGCGGCACGCACGCCAACGACACCUCCAUGAAGCAUGCAGCACAGUUUUCGUCGUACGUUGUAGGCGUAAAGUUGGUUACGCCAACCGGCGAUGUUAUGGAGAUUUCGGAAGCCAAGAAUUCGGAAUACCUGCCUGCUAUCCGCUCCCAUUUUGGCCUAUUUGGCGUCAUCUGCGAGGUGACGGUGCGAAUUUUUGAGACCCGGCCGUUACAGGUCAACUUCCAGGUCACGAAAGUCGACCCGUUUCUGGACGGAUUCGCGGAGGAACUGAAGGCCCUGAAAGCAGGCUAUGACCAAGUGUUCGGGAUGCUGUUCCCUGUCACUGGCGAACUGCUCUGGCAGUGCCGCAAGUUCGUAGAACCGGGGGCGCCAAUCCCGCAUUCCUGGCUAGAUCCGAUUGAGAGCAGGGGCAUCAGUCUGUUCGGUGAUCUGUUUCUACCUUUGGUGAAGGUACUGACAGCCUUACGCCCCUCGGCCUCUGUUGCCCAGCUGCUGAACGCUGCACUCAUCGACUUGCCGCUGAAGAUCAUCCGCCACAGUUCCUACAUCGUUGAUCCGUGCGAUCGCGGCAUCAUCUACAACGAAGAUGAUCCGAAUUUCGAAUUCUAUGACUGGGUAUUUCCCGAGGAGAAAUGGCCUGAUAUGGUGCGGGCGUUGCUGCAGCUGAGCGACCGUUUUCGACGGGAGCGCGAUUUUGUCCUGCCGUUGCCUGUAGUGAUCUACUUUAUCAAGCAGGACCAAGCAUCCCUUCUGUCACGAUCGCGCACCGCGAACAUGAUAGCGGUUGACCCUGAAUACCCUGACCCAAGGGAUCCCACCUGGAAGGAAUUUCGCUUUGCGUUCAAUGAAAUUGCUGUGAUUCACGGCGGCAUUCCCCACAUGAACAAGACGCGCGAUGGUGCCAUCAACCAUUUUGCGAAUGUCUACGAUCCCGAGAGUAUCCGACGCUAUCUCGAAAUACGCAAGCAGUUCGACCCUAAGAGCCUGUUCCUGAACGACUUCUACAAGACCACGUUUAAGAAAAACCUCUGA